UCAUUUGGUGACAGGUGCAGCUCAUUUGGGUGAUGCAUAGGAGAGCAUAAAGGGCACUCUGGAAAGAGCGGUAGAGUUCUUCUUUUAGCAGGGGCUCAGUCUUUUCUCUUUAUGGUACACUGUGUUUUUACCAAUGCCAUCCCCUAUCCCCUUUAAAUGUUUUUUAUCCCCAGAGUUUUCCCUUUCUGUGGACUCACGGCCCUGCAGCAGCCCCUUGGCACUUCCUGGCAAAGGUGGUAAACACUUCCUGGGAGAAAUCCCUUCCCCCAGGACUCGCCGGCUGCCCCCCCGCCUGGCUUGGUGCUCCAUAGACUGGGAUCAAGUGUGCCUACUGCAGCCCUUGGGCUCUGGGGGCUUUGGUUCGGUCUAUAAGGCUACUUAUCAUGGGGAGAUAGUUGCUGUGAAGCAGGUGAAGAAGUGCAGCAAGAACCGGUUGGCAUCACGGCAGAGCUUCUGGGCUGAGCUGAACGUAGCCCAGUUACGUCACAAAAACGUGGUACGUGUUGUGGCUGCCAGCACAUGUGCCCCUGCUGGCCAGGACAGCUUGGGUACUAUCAUCAUGGAAUAUGCAGGCAGUGUUACCCUGCACCAUGUCAUCUAUGGUACUGGCUGGGCACAGAGAAAGGAAGAAGAUGAUGGGGGAGGAUGCAGCCAAGAGCUCCUGGGCAUGCCUGAGUCCCUACGCUAUUCCUGUGACAUUGUGACUGGCUUAGCCUUUCUUCACUCACAAUGCAUUGUGCACCUGGACCUGAAGCCUGCCAAUGUGUUCAUCACUGAGCAGGGGGUGUGCAAGAUUGGAGACUUCGGGUGCUCCCAGAAACUGGAGGAUGGCUUAUCUCUGAUGAGCCCCCAUAUUUGCCAGCAAGGGGGCACAUAUACACACUGUGCCCCAGAGCUCCUCAAGGGGGAGAGGGUCACCCCCAAAGCAGACAUUUACUCCUUUGCUAUCACCCUCUGGCAAGUGGUAACACGAGAGCAGCCCUAUUUGGGUGAGCGCCAGUAUGUGCUCUAUGCUGUGGUGGCCUACAACUUGCGUCCCUCUCUGAGUGCUGCAGUCUUCUCUGGGUCACCCUCAGGCCGCAGACUUGAGAGCAUAAUUGGUAGCUGCUGGAGAGCCGAGGCUGAGGAGCGCCCUACUGCAGCACAGCUGCUUCAUAACCUCUCUUCCCUGCAGAAUAGACUCUAGCACUGAAUUGGGUCCUACUGUCCUCUUUUUAUUGUUCUCUUCUCUUUUACUGGCUGCAUUAGUGUGGUGUGGAGCUGGCCCAUGUCUGGUUUAAAGGGCUUGAAAAAUGGGGGUGGAAAAAAAGGUUGCUUUUUGUUGUGAGCAGAAGUUCUAUAAAUAAAGUGAUUUAACUAAAUUGGUUUCAGUCUUGAACAAAUGGAUCAUGGGGCUGUCAGAAAAGAGCCUUCUGCUCUGCUGUUAGGCUCUCUCUGCCCUGUUCUGUUCAGGAGAAAAUCAAAAUGAUGGGCCAGUGGUGCAAAAUGCUUGUUUUUGAGUGGCAGAAAUGAAGGGACGUGUUAAGUUCUGUGCAGUAUCUAAUUUUAUAGGCACUUUUAUAAAUAUAGCAACAAGGUUAUCUCCAGAGCAGAAGAUUUAAGCAGCACUUUGUGCUGUCUCAUAUUUCCUGUGUUUGCACAUUAACUGCUCUCCUUCAUUUCUAGUUCCUCCAAAUAGGAUGUGUGAUCAAUCUUUAUCAGAAGGUGCAUAGAGAACAACAAUCAUUGGGGAUAACUGAAAACUAUUUCCUUCCUUCGUGACCCCUGCUAUCUACCUUAUUUUACAUGUGCUAGGUUAGGACUAAGGCUGUUACAUAAGUUAUGCUCUUGUUUUUGCAAUCUUGCUGAUGAAACAAAGGUGGCUCUUUCAUCAUUCUGUGGCUUUUAAGGUAAGAAAUGGGCUGUACAGAUGUAUUAAUGCACGUUGCAUUUGUUUAAGGAUGAAGUAUUGCUAGUGGUCUUUUAUUGUGAGGUUUGCAAUGGUUCAGUACUUGAAACCCAGGUCCUGGUAUCUUGUGAGCAUCUGAGCUUUCAGAUAUUACAGAGCAAUUUUCUAGUCUUUGUGACUGCAGAGGGAAAAACCUGGAAAACAACUCCAAUCUACUUGAUCUAUGAAGUUCUGAAAGUUCAAAUGUGUGAAUUGGAACUGAUGCUGUUUGCCAUUGACAGUAAAUGCUCCUGGGCUGUUGAUCACAAAAUUAAUGAUCUAAGAAUGCUUUUUGAAGGAUUUAUUUUGUGCUUUUGUUUCUAUUUUUAAGCAGAACUGUGAAAUUUAUGUUGGACUGACAAAAAUCCUCAAGAUAAAGGCAAAAGUAGGCUUCCUCCCUCCUGCCCCAAGAAAACAAGCAUGAAGAAUAUGUAUCCAAGGAGUUGUGUGGUAUUUUUAUCAUGGCAUAGCCACUAGGGGUUUUCAUAGUGUAUUACCAAUCUGAUUCUUAUAAAUUGCAGCUGUCUUAUGAAAUUACUAUAAUGACUCAAUUAGUUGGUCAGGAACUUUAGCUGGUAAGACUGCAUUUAAAUUAUGAUGAACGGCUAGUAUCCACAGAAUUAUUCAUAACCAGGUCUAAUGGCCUGCAAAUACCAAACGUUUAAGAAAGUGGUACCUGGUUUUCUCCUACAUACAGGACAUUAUAACAAAUAGAUUUCCCUUUUAUUACAGUAUUCUCCAGAAGCUCCAAACAAGCUUUUUUUCUACGCAUCUUGUACUUGGGUUGGUGAUUUGGCUAAAACCAAAACCUUUCAGACAAUAAGUUUGGCUAAAACCAAAACCUUCCAGACAAUCUGGCUUUGGUUUAGUUUGUCUUUCCCAAAAAUUGUGUUUUUAGUUAGUAAGGGAUGGGAAGAGGAGCAAUGGGAGUAAUCAAGAGGCCGGAUAAGAGAAGGGAUUGAAUAUUUUGACUGAAUAAAAAGAAAUACGUCAGAUUUAUGAAUAAAGCAAGAUCCAGACAUGGCAUAGAUAUACAGGAAAAGGAGUCAGAUGCAAUUCCCAGUGAUAGGGCUUGGCUGUUCAUUCUUCAGCAGCCGUUGCCAUUCUUUGUUUGCCAGAGAAGAUGAAGGGCGACUUGACCAAACUCAAUAGUUUCCUGUGGCUGUUUGUACUGGUAUCUGGAAAAAGCAUUGCUAGCUACUGCAAAAACCAUUGUGGGGGCAAGUGCUAGAGAUAAUUGAUACAGGAGCUAAUUGAUAGCAGUUUUACUUAUGACCAUUUCAGGGGCAUCUUUAGUCCCUGUGUGUUAGUGUGAACAGUUGCUCCAUGACCACAACAUGAUGCAAUUGCUUCUCUGUUUCUGGUAUAAUGUGUUGCAGUACCCUUUGCUUAAGGGAUUUGUCUUGCUUUGGGAAAAGGAGGGGGGUGGGGAGUUGUACUGGAUCAUUUGAUUCUUGGAAAGUGUCCAACUACCUCUUUCAUUGUGGCACUGUCUUUGCAGGUAGCUCCUGCCUAAAUAGAUAUGAAAUCAUUUUUCCUUUCCUUUUUAUAACACUUGUUAACUGAAAAUUUACUUUAUUCUUUCUCCCCUUUACCCACCUCCGCCCCUCAAACAAAAAAAGUCUGAGGCACGUUUCACCAUGAGAAAACUUAACAAUGGCAAUGGAUUUCUUAACUACAGUAUAUUGUAUAUCCAUGCAUUUGCUUGGC